AUGCCCGAUCUCAUUUCCCUCACUUCAACAACUCUUACACUUAUAGCAUCAGCUUUCAUUGCGCACUAUCUAUUUGGAUCGCUGGAUGGCACCUUUCUUAGCCACACUGGAUCCGAAACAAGUGAAACGGGAAAAUUAAAAAAACAGAGCGCCGGUCUCUCGCAACGUGCCAAAGAAAAGGAGGAAAUCAUUUUGAAAAAACUUUUGAGUAAGGAUGAGUAUGAGAUAGACGAGUUUUGCAGUGGAAUGGAUCAAGUAUGUUUUGUAAUCAUGGACAGAGUCAGAAACGUUACUGGUCGAAUCUUGGCAUUCCGUAGAUUAAAGCGAAAGGGACCUCAAGGUGUUUUGACGUUAUCAGAAACGAGACUUCAACCUCCAUCUCCACUGACAUGGAAAAAUUUCAAUUCAAAAACAUGGAAAGUUAGAAAAGAUACAGCACGUCUCGUAUACGCAAGAGUGAUGAUCGCUGGAUCUUUUAUGAGUGGAGCGCUACAGUUUAACACAACCAAAAAACAGGAUGUACUCAUUAUUGGACUUGGAGGAGGAGUAAUUAACAAUUACCUAACUACAAUGAAAAAUCAGAAGUUGAAUGUGACGGUUGUGGAAAUUGAUCCUGUAAUGAAAAAAAUCGCAGAAAAAUGGUUCGAUUUUCAAGAAUCACCAUUACACCGUAUUAUUAUUGAUGAUGGUGUAAGAUUUAUGUAUGAAGCAGCAAAAAGAGGAGAGAAAUACAAUGUUGUUCUUCUCGAUGUCAGCUACAAUAUCAUUCUUCCAUUGAUGGGUCCAACUCAGGAUUUUCUUAAGGAUGAUGUGAUUGCAUCAAUGAGAGCAAUUACUGCUAACGAUGGCGCUGCUAUUAUCAAUACUGUUACCUCGAAGGACGCAAGAGAUGCAGCUAACGCGGUGCAUUUCGCCUAUUCUCGUCAUUAUCCAUCAUGUUAUUUCAUGGAACAUGCCGGUAGAGAUAAGAUGCUUUUCUGUUCGGCAAAGAAGAAAAAUUCGUGGCUUGACAAUAGAGAUGAACUUUACAAUCGUUACAUAGCUGUGGAUGAUGCCCUCGGAUUUCAGCUAACCUUAAGAGAUCAAUGUUCUAGUUAUCCGUUGGAUUGA